AUGCUCCCUAUAGACUGCCUAGAUUGUUUGAAUGAUAUGAAUGGUAAGAUAGCAUGUUUAUUUCAGGGUAACAUCUUUCGGCUUCUUAUUAAUGUACAUUUUUUGUUGGAGCUUGUUACGAGCUUCCCCUUCGCUAUCACUAUAUUUCAACCAAAGCUGCGUCGCCUAUUUGUGCCAGUUUUUCUUAACUGCUGGCUUGCAAAGGGUUCGCUGCAAGCGAUGAUGAAUGAUCUUAACCGCGGCUCUUUCAUGAAUCAAUCUGCUCUCUUCAGACAGCUCCUAUUGUUAUUCUCUAUCAUGCUUUGUUUGAUUUUUACUGGUAAUUUUUACUGCAUUGAACAUCUACAGCGAGGUGGAGACAGACAAUUUGACCUAUUUACCAGUUUUUACUUUGUUAUGGUCACAUUCUCAACUGUUGGCUAUGGUGAUUGGUAUCCUGACACAUGGAUGUCGCGACUUUGCGUAGUAUCGUUUAUUUGCAUAGCUCUAGUUCUCUUGCCAUCACAGGUAAAGUACUUCUUAUGAGC